UUUUAACUUUGGCCCUAAUUUUUUUUUAACUGAUUCCUCUAAACUCGAGAACAAGAAGACUCUCUCUGCUUUCGACCUUUUUCCCCCUCUCUCUGGGAUCUCCAGAUUUCUCUCCCCUUUUCCUCUCGCUUUCGUUUGCCACCUGAAAAACUCGAUUUCGCCGGCGGAAAGGGUCUCCGUUUCUCUCGCCGGCAGAUCGAUUCUCAAAUUUCUCGAUUGAUUAACUUAUAUUCUCUUUAGGUCUUCAUUAAGGCCUAAAACCUCCUCGCUCUCGAAACCUCAAUUUACCCCUUCGUCGUUCACAGUUUCAUUUAUGUCGCUUAGGGUCACCUUAACAUACUCCAGCUAUGUCGCUAGAAACAUUGCUUCAUCUGCCGCGACUCGCGUCGGUACCACCGGCGACGUCCGAUCAUGCUUCGAGUGCUGGCUCCGUCCCAGAUUCUUCGGCCACAGCCAGAAACCCGAUAUGGAUAAAUCUCCCGGAUCCAGCACCUGGACCACCGGUCCUAGCUCUCUUGCCCGACCAGCUUCCAGGUAUAGCACCAUCGCGAGGGGAAUCAUCGAAGAAGGAAGCCAGAGUCCGCUUGUGUUGGGGGUGAUCUCCAUCAUGAAAUUAACCGCAGCUCCAGAGUUCUUGGGGAUGAACGUCCUCGGGAUCUCGCCAUUGAAGACUUCUUCGGUAAUCCCGUUCCUUAGAGGGUCUAAGUGGAUGCCUUGUAGCAUUCCGGCGACAUUAUCAACGGAGAUUGAUAGGGGAGGAACGGCGUCUGAUGCCAAAGUGAAGCUGGCGCUAAGUAGUAAAACCCCCAAUGUUGGAAACGGAUGGGUUAAUAAGCUGUUGAAUAUCUGCUCGGAGGAUGCUAAAGCUGCUUUCACGGCGGUGACUGUCUCUCUCCUAUUCCGUUCGGCAUUGGCCGAGCCAAAGUCUAUACCUUCAACAUCUAUGUACCCUACUCUCGACGUGGGUGAUCGUGUUAUGGCCGAGAAGGUCUCGUACUUUUUCAGAAAGCCAGAGGUUUCGGAUAUAGUCAUCUUCAAGGCUCCUCCCAUUUUGGUGGAACAUGGUUACAACUGUACGGAUGUUUUCAUAAAAAGGAUAGUUGCAAGCGAAGGUGACUGGGUUGAAGUUUGCGAUGGAAAGCUCUUAGUGAAUGACACCGUUCAAGUAGAGGAUUUUGUCAUAGAGCCAAUUAACUAUGAAAUGGAACCAAUGUUCGUCCCAGAAGGUUAUGUCUUUGUCCUAGGAGACAACCGGAACAAAAGCUUUGACUCUCAUAACUGGGGUCCACUUCCAGUAAAGAAUAUAAUUGGAAGAUCCGUGUUUCGGUAUUGGCCACCGAGCAAAGUUUCAGACACAAUACACCAUGACAAAGUUAUCGAAAAGGGAGCUGCUGUUGAUGUUUCAUGACCGGUACAGGUGUGUGGAGGGUUCUUAAGAUUAAGCAGGAAAUUGAAUAGAUGAGGUGUGCCAUCCAUUUUGGCUCCGAAGCUAACAGAGAAAUUCUUUCGUUCUGUGUACUUCUAUGGAAGACAUGGAAUGCAUUAGAUCCUAAAAGAAAAACCAAGGAAAAUGAAAAUUCCCAGCAUUUUUGCAGUGAUUUUUGUUGAAACCUAUAAUGCAAUCAUUUGUAAUGGCAGUCGUUGUCAAACAUAAGCGUAAAGUGAGUACCCUGCUUCUUCUGAUUCAUCCGUAAUAGUUGCAUAUUAACACACGAUUGCUCCAGGUGCUCAGAUGCACAUCCUUUUGACAUUUUGAUUGCAAUGCAAAGACAAGAGUCGAG